UUAAGGCGAUGGACUGCUAAUCCAUUGUGCUCUGCACGCGUGGGUUCGAAUCCCAUCCUCGUCGAGAGCUCUUUCUACUUAUCUUAAUGCGUCUUGUGAGAUUGUCUGCCAAUGUAGGUUGAAGUUCAGCAGAGCUGAGUGCAGUGCUCCCAGCAUUGUCUCCAUGAGGAGCAAUUCAUCUGUGGACACUCGAGUCAACUCCAUGGAGACACAAAGCUUACAGAAGACUGUUGCAGAGUCCGUGGGUCCCAGCUCUGACUCCAUGAAGAGUGAUCGAUCCAAGAUGGAACCGCCCAUCUUUAGAGAUCAGAAAUCAAAAUUUUCACAGAAAAGUGUUGCACAUCCCAGCUGUGUCUCCAUUAAGAGCGAUCGAUCCAAGAUGUAUUCUCUCCACUUUAAGGAUGAGAAAUCAAAAUGUUCACAGUCAAAUGCUUCAGGAUCUGCAGCUCCCAGUAAGAUGUCGUUGACUGAAAGAUCCAAGUUUGAGCCACUUGGGUUUGAAAUGGAGACAAGAAGACCAGUUAGUGAGAAGCCACCCACAUGUCCAGGAUUCAAGGAUGUUAUGAGGGAUCCAGUCCAGCUCAUUUGUGAACACUCAUGCAAACUAUGUCUCAGCACAAACCUGAACCAACCUGAUUCACCAGCAGACAACUCUUGUCCUGAGUGUGGGAGGAAAUCGUGGAAAAUACCAAAACACAAGAGAGACAAAGAGCCAGAUACUAAUAACAUCCCACUUUUGAAGGUAAAGAUGAAACUAAAAGAAGCAAUGAAAAAGAAAUUUUCCUCCGUCUCUGAAGGUAAUGGUGACAACACAAGUUCCCUGAACAGCAUCUACACAGAGCUUCAUAUAACCACUGGAGAGAGGGAAAGGCCAAGUGUAGAAAAUGUGUUCAGGCUACCAGAACAAAAGUCGAAAAGCUCUCAAUCAUCAAAACAACAAAUAAUCAACCUAAACAAAUGUUGA